AUGAAGGAUCAAGCCGAUCCUAUUUCCGCGCCAGGUGUGACCGUUUCAUUCAAAACGCCUCACCAGGCGAGCUCGUCAAAUACCUUUUUCGCCUUCUCAAACACUAUCAAUGGAGUUGCUCGGAAAAGUACCCGGGUGGCUCAAGCGGUCAAUCCGUCGAACAGACAGCCUCUGUGGGAUGUUCCUGUGGCAAGAGAGGUUGAUGUGAAUGAAGCUGUCACUGCUGCAAAUGAUGCAUUCUUGGCUUGGUCACGCACGCCCUGGGCUGAGAGAGCCCAGUAUCUCACGCGCGCAAAAGAUGCAUUGUUGGAAAUUCGCGAUGAAAUGGCCAGCCUGAUUAUGCUAGAGACUGGUAAACCAAUUCAAUUAGCAACGCUAGAAGUCGACCAAUCAAUUCGACUGCUGCUAUACUAUGCUGCCCACCCGGAAUUGAAACCGAAGGUGGUCACUGAUAAUGACGACCUUCAGUUGACUGUUCGUUAUGUUUCUAUGGGUGUCGUUGCAGCGAUGUGCCCAUGUAAUGAUCCCUUGAUGCUAGCCACAGGGAAGAUUGCACCCGCUUUGCUCACCGGCAAUGCUGUAAUAGUGAAGCCGUCACCAUUCGCGCCCUACAGCAUUCUGAAAUUUGUUGAACAUCUCAAGUCUCUCUUCCCGCCGGGUGUGAUUCAAGCAUUGAAUGGCGAUGGAAAGCUGGGGUCCCUUCUCGUUGAGCAUCCCGAAGUCCAGAGGAUUAGUUUUACUGGAUCUAUAACAACAGGUAAGAAAGUAAUGGCUGCCGCUAGCAAAACCUUGAAAAGGGUUACGUUGGAAUUGAGUGGCAAUGGUGCUUGUGUUGUUUGCCCAGAUGUAGAUGUGUCAUUGGUGGCCCCGCAAGUCGCAGUAGGCGCAUUUCUUAACUCGGGCCAGUUCUGCCUAUCUAGUAGACGCAUUUAUGUACAUGAAGACAUUUACAAUGACUUCAUGCAGCAUAUAGUCGAUGCGGUGAAACCCUGGAAGGCAAGCUUGUCGCCAGGCGACAAAGGCAUGUUAGGACCUAUCCAAAACGAGGCACACUAUCGGAACGUGAAGCAGAUUUUUGAAGACUCACAGAGCAAGGGUUACAAGUUUGCAUUAGGAAGUCCUACCGUUGAUGAUGGCAAAAGCUUUGUGAUCCAGCCUGCUAUCAUCGAUAACCCUCCCGAGGGCUCGAGGGUCGUGACCGAAGAAGCAUUUGGUCCCAUCGUCUCCUUGAUUCAGUGGAAAGAUGAAAAUGAUGUGAUUGCCCGGGUGAACAAUACAAAUACUGGACUCGGAGCUAGUGUCUGGUCUGGCGACAUCGAUUGUGCCAUCGCGAUUGGGGAACAGAUUCAGUCUGGCAUGAUCACAAUAAACCGUUACCCAACGCGCAUACCGAGCGGCCAUCUGUCAGGGUGGAAAGAAAGCGGACCUGGGGGAGAAGGAGGGACGGAAGGCUUGCUAUCGUAUUGCAAUGUGCAGACCAUGCAUUGUUAUAAGAUGUCUGUUGCGCCGGGGUCUGCAGAAGCUGACUGA